GAAUUUCUGGGAAAGUUAAAAGUGCUUUUCUGUCCUGUUCGUGAGGGUAAACGUGAAAAAUAAUACACAACAGCAAUAAUCUUUUUUAUAGACGUAUUAAAAACUUUAGUUUAUAUCAAACGCAGUAGAAAAAAGGAAUAUUAACAAAUUUGAUCAGCACAAGAAAUUCGAAAGAGGAAAUCAAGAAAGCUGCAAUUGUAAAAAAAAACCAUCAUUCUCAUUGGACUUCCUUGGCAAGCAUUUUUUCUCUACUCUUUUUUUUUUUUUUUUUGUUUUUUCUUUUUACUCAUAGUGUAAACGCGCGCACUGUAUGUUGCAAAUGUUCUAUAUGCUUAUUACAAAAAUAUUGAUUAAAAAGAGAUCACUAUAUAAGUGAACGAUUCAGUUCAGAAAAUUGUGAAAAAUUUUGUGAAGUAUGUGUGUCUGAAUAAAAAUUUUGAAAAGUUUUAUGAAGAAAAACUUUCGACAGUUUUCUUAGUUUGAAGAGAAAGAAACUAAUGUAUAUUGAAAAAAAAGAAACGUCAAAAAAAUUUGUGCUUUAUUUCAUGUGAAAGCAAACAUAGUUUGCUUUUAUUCGCAAGGAAGAGAAAACCAACCAACUACACAUAUACAUUAAAAGAGCAACGAACCCUCUCGAUUCAUGCACGAUUCAUAAAAGCGGAAAAGGAUAACUAAGAAGACUGAGGUUUAGUUAAUAAUUCUACAUAAAAAGUUAAACUAUAAAAGUUCAAUAACACUACAAAUACUUAAAGAUUAUUGGAAAAUCUACAAGAAGUUCAACAGAAAAAUUUCAACAAGAUUAAGCUUUAUUAGCGAAAUAUUAUUAGUUUGCUUCAAGUUAUACAUACUUUGCUAAGCGAUAAAAAGAAAAAAGUUUAAAAAGCAAAAGAAUCCUUGAGGUAUAAGUUUGCACAAAAACAUCAAUAACAAAAGAAUUAAAAGUGAAACAAUAGUUCGUAGCCUGUCAUUGCUCUAAACCAUUAUCGUAAAUCCUGUGAUUUGAACAAUUUUGAAACUCAGAAACGAGUAACAACUUUAUAAGAAAAAAGGUUCAAGCGAGCAGCAGCAAAAGAUCUGAACGGAGUGGUGCUUGUGCACAGGGACAAGUUAAGGCUAAUGAGGAUCUACUGGCAGCAUGAGUACACUGGGGGGAAGUAGGGGAGAGCGAAAUGCCAAGCCCAAGUUCUCAGCACUCGAUAUAAAUCGAAUGUACAAAAAUAGUCGUGGUGAAACGACAGAACCUUCAGCACAAAAAAAUCAAGUGCCACGUAAACAUGGAAUGCAAAGUUUGGGAAAAGUGCCGUCCGCUAGGCGUCCACCAGCUAAUUUACCAUCCUUAAAAGCUGAAACGAUAAGUUCGCCCUUAGUUGCUAAUAGCAUUAUAAUAACUGGACAAGAAGGAGGCGUAUCACCAACUACAUCUGGCUCGAAUCCCUUAAAAAAUACCACAGCAAACAACAGCAGCAGCCACAAUAACAACAGCAGCAACCUUAAUAACAACAGCAAUAGCAACAUUUUAACAAACAGCGGCAGUAGCACUCUUAAUAGUAACAAUAACAGUAACAAUAACAACAGCAGCAGCAAUAAUAACACUGUUAUCGGUGGUGUUGGCAGUAAAUUGGUAAAUAAUUCGGUAACUACUGCAUCGGUUGCCAUUAAAUCGGGCGGUGGUAGUGGUGGUAGCGGAAAUAAUCAAACGCAUUACAAUCAUCAGAAGCCGAUAACAUGGUCUGCUGUUACAACCGGAAACGAUCAUGGUGGAGGUCAGCGUGGUGGCAAACCUACAGCUACUGUACCACCUUUAUACCAGAGUCCACAAUUUCAAUACGAAUUUCCAACACUAGAUGGCACAGUUGGCGGCGGCGGAAGCGGUGGCAAUCCAAAUACAAAUCGCAAGAGCGCUGUUGCCGACCAUCGGGAUCAUUAUCAUCAUCAUCAAAAUCAUCAGCAAAUAAAUUCGAAUCAUCACAAUCAUUAUCAACGAGAUUCUCAUGGACGUCAUCAUUAUCAGCAACAACGCCAAGAUGCGCACAGUUACAAAGAUGGCAACGACGUAGGCGGUGGUGGUGGCUCAGUAUCAUGUGGAGACGAACACACGCGCGAUAUAAGCGAAGUCAGUUUGAGACCGCAAACAGAUGCAGCAGUUUGGUUGCAACAACAAGAAAAAGCCGCCAAAGGUGCUUUAAUAGGCGAAAACGCAUCGAACCAUCAGGGCCAGGGCCCCCAACAAAGUACGACUUCUAAUGCCAAUGCUGCCGUACCGUUACCAAUUUUGGCAUUAAUGCCUCCAUUUAUGCAGCGAGGAGCUCCUAUGACAUCAGGAAGCAUUAGCAGCACUACGAGCGGCGUUGGGCGUUCGCAAACGCCACCUAGUUAUCAGAACGGUAUUUCAAAAGACACACCAACGUCGUCGGCAAAUGUUCGUCCUCAACCUCGCGGAGCUUUGAAUGAUUAUCGUUCCAAUUCACCGGCGAUAGCCAGUUUCCGUGUAUCCACUAAUGUACCAAAACGUCCGAAUCAAUUAAGUACUCCGCCACCCGCAAAUGGUUCACAUGAUAGAGAACGUGUCAAUAGCGUUAGUGGCAGUGGUCCUAACGCACGUAAAGAAAAGGAAUUUAUUAUUGAACCCGAAGUAGCACAAAUGCAAAGACCUAUUAUCCGUGAAGAAGAUCUCGAACGACUAAAUGCUAUCGCCAAUGACGAUAGCUGGACUAAGCAGGAUGAAAUAGAUUAUACGAAGAAACUUACGUUUUCAGACGAGGAGUCUCCAGAGGAGCAGACUCCCAUACAGGAGCGCGAAAGACCCAUCUUUAAUAAAAAUAACAACAGCGGAGGCAAUGCAGUUGAGCAACGUAAAAAUUCGAAUGCUAGUGCUGCAUCUUCAAGUACUGGAGCUGGUGGUAUAGGUAAUUGGCAGCGAAAGGAGCGUGACAGCUCAGAGCGCGAAAAGUCUUCUAGUGGCCUUGAUCAGUUAGAAGAUUCACGACACCAAAAUGGUCAUCGCCCAGCUGGACCUCCGGGUAGUAUACCUCUGGAUGCAGGCGUCCUUGAACGCGCUAAGUUACGUAGAGAAGAAGAAGAAAGACGGGAUAUGGAACGUAAGCAAGCAGCAGCCCGGAAGAAGCAAGAACUUGAGAUGAAGAUGAAUUGUAAGAAAGCUGCGGGCGAUGGUUUGGAGCAAGGAGUGCAAUCGUCGGGUGCUGGCUUAGGUCCCGGAAAUGACGAAAGUCAACAAGCAAGACGUAUGGGCAGUAAUAAUUAUGAACGCGGGCCAGCUUGUGGAGGUGGCAAUCGUGCUUACGAGCGUGAUAUGCGUGGUGGAGGCGAUUAUAUAAGAGGCAAUAAUGGAAGUGGUAGCAAUAGUGGAAGCAGUGUUGGUGCUCCUGGAUCAAGCACGGGUGGAGCACCUAAAUCUAUUUUUUCAGCCCAUUUUCAAUCCAAUUUACCGCCACGAUUUCAACGUCAACAACAAAUGCAGUCGCAACAAAGUUCUACGUCGGUAGGGGGUAAUGCCAAUAAUUCUGGUGUAGGACGUUCAAUGUCUGGAGGGCAAUCUUUGGAAAAAUCUGCAUCUUCGACCUCAACGUACGAAAAUACACGGUAUAUGCAAAAGAGUUCUGCUUCCCAGAGAAUGGGCUCCUUAAGUGGCGGCAGUAGUCGAGGAGAAUACCGGGAUAAUUACCCCCGUACCUAUGGACGAUCGCGUAAUGAUAGCGAACGAGAGGAUGAUCAACGUUACCAUGGACGGGCAGGACGUGAUGAUCACCAAGGUCGUAACAUGGGCUGUAAUCAAUUAGCGCGUGGCGUAUCCGACACAUCCCAGCGAAAAACCAGUGUGUCUUCGAAUGACGACUCGAUUAAAUACGGUGGUGAUUGUAAAGAAUACAAUAGUGCAGCUGCAGUAUCUUCAUGGGCUGAAGAAACUGACGCUGAAAUGAAGCGCCAACGGGGUGAGAGUUUUUCUUCCUCUCACAGCCACGAAUCUACACACAUCAAGAUAUUGCAACGGCCCCACACACAAAAAAGUCUAUCUGAAGAAGAUACUACAGCUUCACAGCAACCACAGCCACAACAACCACAAAAACAACAACCACAACAACACCGCAUUAGUGAAAGUAGCGACAACCAGUCAGUUACGUUUGCACCCACGCAGAUUUUACGUCGGUCUGAAUCGAAUGAUGAUAAGAGCACACAUCAGAACAAACCAUCGGCUAUAGGUGAUAAUAAAUUGGGCGACGAGCUUCCAAAAGUAAUUGCCGAAUCUAGCUCUGGUUCCGAAAUUGUGCAAGAAAACCAAUUGAAUGCUUCCACGGUUACAGAAAUUCAGAACAAAGUUCAUGAGAACGAAUAUGUCGGCCAAGAAACAGCAAAUCAGCGAAAAGAGCCUUGUCAUAAUAAUAAAAUAGAAUUUGGUGAAUCUAAUGUUGGAGAUACAUCUAAGACGGAUGAACAGCGAACUCUUUCAUCUCAACCGCAACCUCAAAGAGAACAAAAACGACCAAGUCCGCGUGGCGGAGGAAGUGGCGGACGCGUUGAUCGUGAUCGCGGGGAUCGUGGAACACACUCUCGAAGUUUUGGAGGCAGCGGGGGAUCGUAUCGUGGCGGUCGUGAUGGAGGAUGGAAUUCACGGGGUAGCCAUUCUCGUGGAGGCGGGCGUUACAACAACUCUUCUACCAACAGCGACACGCAUUACUUGGGUGACUCUGAACAUCCUGAAGAAGAUGAAUGUGACGAGAUAACCUAUGGUAAUAUAAGGCGCUCUGAACGAAACCUCAAAAUGUCACGGAAAGAUAGCGGAGGUGGUGGGGGCCGGCGAAAUGGUGGAAGUUCUGAUGAACGCGGCUUCACUCCUAGAGGUGAGCCUUCACGCCGUGGUCGGGGAGGCGGUGCAAGUGUAGGUGAUCGUGGCAUCUCAUCUUCAUCUUAUAGGCGUAGCAAUGACAAUCGCGCCGGUGGUCGUAACUAUGGUCGCCAAAACUACAGCGACCACAAGGAUAUGUCGAAACGUGUUUCAGAAUCAUCAGAAAGUAAUAAUACAGAAAUAGACAAAACUAAACAGAAUCAAUUGGCUUUAAAUGCGGGUCUGAGUAAGGCGUUGGACAAGGAUUGCGACCAAUCACGUUCAUCUCAAUCGAGCAACACGAGUAAACAGAGUCCUACAUUAGUUGCGACCAAGACACAGGAUCCAGAGAAGAAGAGUUGUACGACAACGCCAUGUAAGCAAUUUGUUAUAGGAAACAGUGGAAGUGGGCAAUCCCGAAAGGAAAGCACUUCUAGCAACAAAAAUGACGACGACCAUAAUAGCGGUGGUGGUAGCGAACGUGACAAAAAAUCUUCCUCGAAGGAGAAAGACAUUCCUGGUUCUGGAUUAAUAGUGGGUACAAGUCGUCAUAUAAUUUCUAAUAGCAACAAUACGAUAAACUCUGCUAAUAAUGCAGCAAGCUCUAUCACUCAGCCGAAGAAGCAAGAUCUGCCAAUGACACCACUGCCAAUCGUUAACCAAGGUGCAUCCAAACCAAUACAACAGCCACAGUCGCCACAACUUCAAACACAACAACAUCCACAACAUACUGUAACUAAACCUCCACCCGGUUUGAGCGGCAGUAUUCUGAAACCAGCUGGAUCUUGUGCAAGCAUAUCAUCAAUAGGGGGGAAUUCUCAGAAAUCUACUACGGAUUUGCAAAAAAGUAAAUCCGACCCGAACAAUUCCUCUAGCUUAUCAGCUCAAAUAAAAGAAGUUGACAAAAAUAAACUGGGCUCCGUAGGUUCUCUUAGCGGUGAUUCCAAGGCGAACAGUGGCGGUUUGAUUAUAGAUGGUGCACCUGUCAACACUAUUAUAUUCGAGAAUACUAACUACAAACAGCAGGCUCAAGCGGCUCAAAUGAAACGUUCUUCUGAAUCAUUAGUAAGCUCAUCUGUGGUUUCUGGGGUUAACGUUUCCGUUUCGAGCGCAGAUACUAUCAGUACCGCUUUUUCACAAAUGUCCUUCUGCAGCGGUAAGCCAGCGGAGAUUAAUUCACCAGCCAAUGUAGCGGCUAAUGAUUAUGAUAAAGAAAUAAAAUUGGGAUUUUCUUUUGGAGACGCUACUGAGUCAUAUACGAGUGCAACCAAAGGAGUGGUGGCACCAAACGAUCACGAGAAUAAGGCUGCCAGUAAUGUUACUGUUGUCACACAGGCGCAAGCUGUAAGCAUAAAUCCACAACAGCAACAACAACAGCAGCAGCAACAACAGCAACAACAUGUGCAACAGCAGCAACAAGCUCAAAAUAUUAUUUCUACAGCUGACUUAAACAUGAAAAUUGCAAGUGUUAAAAAGGUGUGGGAAAAUGUUGCUCCCAUGGUCACUGAUACCACUAAUUCAGGAUUACAGCAGCAGCAGCAACAACAAUUGCAUCAGCAACAGCAACAACAACAAAUGGAAGUCGUUGACCCAAGUGCGCAUAUGACGGCUGCUUCUUUCGUGGCAGCAGCCGUAGCGGCUUCUCAACACCAACAGCAACAACAACAACAACAUAUGCCCCAUUACGCGGUUACGGCUGUGCACAUGCAACAACAUCACUCACUCUCUUCACCAGGGCCGGUGCCUUCGGCAUAUGGUGGUCAUGGUUCGCCUUUCGAUGCCGCUCAAUUGGAACAGCAGUUUGGUCAGGCUGCUGCCAGCAUCGUUGUGGGCAGUAGCGAUGAUACAUCCGUGGUAGGAUAUCCCAGUCCUCAACAGCAGCAGCCUAGUGCGGUGCAACAACAACAGCAACAAAAUCUGAAACAUCCAUCAGAAGUGGUAAAACAACAUCAACAACAAGUUUCUACGGCCGCCAAACAAAUGCAACCACAUCACAGCUCCUCCAUGGGCAUGUCUCCUCCACCUAAUUUGCAACAGCAACAGCAGCAGCAACAACAUCAACAACAAUCUGCAGCGCAACAGCAAAUGCAUGCACCUCAGCCAUUCUAUCAGGCUUCCCCCCAAUUUACUGGCAUACCAACUAUACCCAGUCCGCCAGCUGUGGUUUUUAACUCAUCGCAAAUGCCACCGCCGCCGUCACAGGGCGGUUUAUACGCACCAUUCCAUUCACUUGAUCAUUCAAGUCGCUCACAAUAUUCCGCAGCGGCGGCUCAUACUUUCCCCGGUCACUACGGUGCUGCGGCGGCUGCUGCGGGUCCUUUCAAUGCUUAUCCUAUGCAAACACCGCCCAAUAUGGCCACAGCACCUACUCCUGAAAUGUAUUCCAACUUGACCUCGCAAUUCCGAAUGGGUGGUGGUCCAUCACCCUUCGGCAAUCCUAAUUCCCAACAACUAAAUAAUCCUAGUGCAGCAGCCGUGGCAAUAAUAUCCUCGAACUCUAAUUCCCUUAUGUCUACAGUGGGGUCGGUUAAGCCACCGCCCUCAUCUCAACAAUUAGGUACAAUUGGUUCGAAAGGUGCAGGUGCAGGUGGACCAUUUGCACCUGGUCAGCAGUAUAUGAACUUAUAUGCGGCUCCCCAACAUCCUCAAGGGGGGCCUCCAGGCCCACCACCAGGAGCUCAUCAAAUACAGUCAAACAGUUAUUAUUCAAAUUCCGCAGGAGGUCCUAGCGGUCCGACCGCCUUCUAUGGUGGCCCGCCACCACAAGGUGCUGGUGCGGGGGCACAAAACUAUGGCUUGGCUGCGGCUGCAGCCGCUGCGGCGGGCCUCUACGGAGGACAUGCCGGUCAUCAAGGUGGUCCGCCCGGAUCGAAUGGGCCUGCUGGGCCUCCCCAGGGGCCCCCUGGGCCACAGUCUCAACAUACCAUGGGUAAUUUUAAUACACAAUUCAUGAAUUCUCAAUUACUAACUGCGGCCGCCAUAAAUCAAUUUCGUGGAGGUCCUACUCCACAGCAAGCAGCAGCAGCGUAUAUGAAAUCAAGCCAACAACAAGGUCAUUUACAGGAUUCUAUGGGUCGUCAAUUGAAAAGCCCUUUAGGCGCGGAUGUCAGUUUGAAUUUAGUGAAACAGGCCCAGUCACAACCAAGUCCACCGCAUCAUAAAAAUUAUACAAGCUGGGAUUUGCAGAAUCAAGUAAUGCAGCAACAAGCCGCCCAACAGCAACAACAGCAGCAACAACAACAAAAUCAGCAAACCCCACAACAAAGAUCUGCUGGUGGAUCGAGUGGUAACAACCCAAACAUGAACCCAAACAACCGAGGCGGCGGAGGAAGUUCUCAAGGGUCUCAAGGUCCCCAGGGACGCUACCCUGCACCCAUACAAAGACCUACCAAUUAUCCUCAGCAUCCACAACAGCAGCAGCAGCAGCAACAACAACAACAACAACAACAGCAACAACAGCAGGUACAACAAGCUCAAAGGGGGGGAGCGCCACCUAGUGUACGUCAAGGUAGUGGCGGUAAUGCCAGCGUUGGCAGCGGUAAUAGUGCAGGACCACAGGGCCCUGGUGGCUCUCAAAGCGGUAGUGUUGUAGGUCCGGUACCUGGUGGUAAUGGGGCAGGCCCUGGUGGACCCGGUAACAAUGGUGGCAAUAAUGCAACACCAGGUGGCCAAUCGAAUCAAAUGAAUAAAACUUAUUACGCCAAUAAUGCUGGCAACGGAGGUCCUAAUCGAGCUAAUCACAAUUAAAUGCUUUUUGGCAAGUAUGGCCUUUAAAGUUUUGUUUGUCUUAAGCUUUAAAAUACAGUGAAUAAAUUAAAAUGCGCUGUAAUAAUGCACACUUCUACUCCUUCCGCUCCUCUUCACUACAUAUAACUAACGAACGUGUUUAAAGGUAAAAUGCAAAAUGAACCGCAAAGCAAAAAGAAUAUUGAUUUAAAAAUGUAUAAACAAACUAACUAACUAUAAAUAAGAAAAAAGGCAAGAGAAAAUGGUAACAAAUGAGAAUCGUUGAAAAAGAGCACUUUAAAUGAAGCAAAAAAGAAUGAAAGAAAAGAAAGAAACAAAUAGUUAUGAAAUUCAUUUUAUUGAUAUUGGCAAGAGCAAAAAAAAACAAGCAAGAGGAAGAACUUGGAUGCCAACUCGUGGAAUUUAUGAGAAUAUUUCCAAACC